CGCACCACGCCUGUCUGUUUCGGUAUGGCGGCUCAGACUCGCAGAGAAGCAGGAACAGAAGGAGAAGAAGAAGAACUUGUUGUAGCUUUUCUCCAGUGAAGUGUGUGAAGGCGGAGGCUCGGACACUCGGCGCUAACUCAGCCUGGACUGAGGAGGAGCGACGACAGCAGCAGCGACAGCGGACGGAGCGUAUUUUUCAGGCUGGUGUGAUGCGUGAGGAGCCGCAGUCCAGAAACUCCCCUGAUUUUUUUCCGCGUCUGUUUCUGCCGUUACUGGCUGUCAGUUAGCCGGCUAGCUGUUCGGUAACGGGAGCUCCAUGCUACACUAAACAGUUGCCGAACUUGCCUCUUUUCAUUGCGCCGGGAGACAGUGAUGGCACUCGGCCUUCAUUCGGUAAGCGGACUGGUCGAGGGGGGCGCGGGGGAAACGUUUGCGGAGCUCGGUGACAAGUUUGUCGGUACUCAUUAGCCUAGCCUAGCCUAGCCUAGCUUGUUGGUGCAGCGCCAGAAAACGUUUGGCCGACAGCUUUACGCCGCUAGCGAGCUAGCCAAUUAGCAUUUGUAGUUUAUAUAAGGAGCCCAGCUAAUCCCCCACUUCAUCCCCACCGAGUGUGAGUGGUGGGUCCGCUCCGCCGAGGCUUCACUUUGACCCGGUAAUGUCGUCAUAACCCAGGGUUGUGUUUUAGUCUUGCUAGGUGUGCGUUAGCGGUCAGAUAGGUGUUCACUGGAGGGAGUGGUAAUGCUAGGUGGCUACGCUAAACUAAGCUAAGCUAAGAUUCCCUGCAUCAGGGCUGUACAUGACGAACAGGUUCCACUUGACUCUUCUCUAAUUCAGAGAGAUUUUUUAACAUUAAUUAACCUGCUACAGACUCUCACUGCAACAAGGAAUAUAUUAUUAAAUUAAUCACCAACUAUUUUUUGGGCAGUUGAUAAUUUCAUAGAUUUAAUUUAAUCUGGUUUAUUUGUGCCUUUUAAAAGUCAGAAGAGAAAAACUCAAUUUGUUUGUUGACACAAUCACGUCUCAUCAGAUUUGUUUUUCCCACCUUCUCUUUGUGACAUGUUGCACAUUGACCAAGUAAAACAAGAAGAAAUCCAUCAACACUGACAAAAAGUGAGUUAUUUGCCACCCCAGUGAAGACAAGUGAGCAGGUGUAGUUUGUUAUAGAUUGGUGAUUGAAUCGAUAAUCAUCGGUGCUAUCUUUGGGACUGGGCUGAGUUUGAUGGACGUGGGAGGCUGUGUCAGACUGUCAGUGGUGUCUGUCCUGACCUAUGGCCGCCUGCUCUUUACAUCAGGCCUGCUGUCAGACGUGAGAGUCGUUAUGUAGCUUUGGUGGUCGCUCAGUGAAGGGAAUGUCUUGUCUUUUUUAUACUUGUUUUUUGUUUUUUCUUCCCAACACACAAGAAUCUACAGUGGUACAGCCUGGGCUGUGUUGAAAGUGGACAAUGUUCAUUAGUUAGUUAGUGCCCAGAGGCUUAAAGGACUUAAACGACACUGCCUACACACAGGCCACAGACAUUGUAGAUUAUUCGUCGGGGAUUAGCCACAGACGCCCGCCACUCUGGAUCAAGAAAACUUGUCCCUCGUGUCCGGUUGGAGUAACACUCUCAAGCCUAAAUCAAUGCCUUCAGCGUUGGCUGUGUUCGCCUGCCGACCCAACUCGCAUCCAUUCCAGGAGCGACAUGUAUACCUGGACGAGCCAGUCAAGAUCGGCAGGUCGGUGGCUCGAUGUCGCCCGGCACAGAACAACGCCACCUUCGACUGCAAGGUGCUGUCCAGGAAUCACGCCCUGGUCUGGUUCGACCACAAGACUGGCAAGUUCUACCUGCAGGACACAAAAAGCAGCAACGGAACCUUCAUCAACAGCCAGAGGUUGAGUCGCGGCUCUGAGGAGAGUCCGCCCUGUGAGGUCCUCUCUGGAGACAUCAUCCAGUUUGGUGUUGACGUCACUGAGAACACACGCAAAGUCACUCAUGGCUGCAUCGUGUCAACCAUCAAACUCUUCUUACCUGACGGAAUGGAGGCACGGCGUCGAAGCGAUGUCAUCCAGACUCCGUUACCACUACCUGUAGACAAGGUUGCAGCCAACACUCCCACCAUGUAUUCUCAGGAACUGUUCCAGCUCUCCCAGUAUCUACAGGAGGCCUUACACAGAGAGCAGAUGUUGGAGCAGAAGUUAGCGACCCUGCAGCGUGUGUUGUCAUCGACUCAGGAGGCCUCAGAGAGCAGCUGGCAGGCUCUGAUUGACGAGGACCGUCUGCUGUCCAGACUGGAGGUGAUGGGCAGUCAGCUGCAGGCGUACUCCAAGUCUCAGACAGAGGAGGGCAUCCGUAAAGAGCUGCUGGCUCUUCAGGAGGACAAACACAACUACGAGACCACGGCCAAGGAUUCUCUGAGGAGAGUCCUGCAGGAGAAGAUCGAGGUGGUCAGGAAACUGUCAGAGGUGGAGCGCUCGCUCAGUAACACGGAGGACGAGUGCACACACCUGAAGGAAAUGUCUGAGCGCAGUCAGGAGGAGCUGAGGGAGCUCGCCAACAAGUACAACGCCGCGGUCAACGAGAUCAAAGAGCUCACCGACAAAAUCAAGGCAGCAGAAGGUCGGCAGGAGGAGCUCACCCAGCGGGGGGCGACAGAGAAGCGAGAGUUAGAGCUGCGGAUCGAGGAGAUGGAGGAGAAGGAGCAGGUUCUCCAGGCUCGUAUAGAAGCUCUGCAGGCUGACAACGACUUCACCAACGAACGACUCGCUGCCCUGCAGGUGCGGUUAGAACAGCUGCAGGAGAAAAGCAUUAAAGAGAACAGCAGUUUGGAUGUGGACAUUGUCUCCCACGGACCAGUAGAGGAGGCCGUGGAGGACAAACAGAGCCAGAAGACACCUGAGAGCCACGAGGAGGACGAGGACGAUGAGGACACAGACACUGACGAUGGUGCAGUCGGUGAAGAUGAAGAUGACAACUGUCACGUUAACAGCGGAGGAGACUCCACUAGAAUCACACAGUUGAUUGAGUGUCCGCCAGUGAAACAGCUGAAGGAGAGCGUCAGUUCUUCAAUCCACAAACUCACCAACUUUGGUGAAGUGUUGGACGCUCAUCUACAGAACAACCAGACAGCAGAGGACGACAUCCUGACCAGUCCUGACCCACUCAAAGGGAAUCAGAUGGACGCCAAAGAGUCGGACAUGUCGGACACUCUGAGUCCCAGCAAAGAUCGCAGCAGUGACGACACGUCAGAUGGAAACAUGGACGAGCAGGAGCUGAGCGAACCACAGAACACAGUAGCUCUGCUCAAAGUUGAGUUGCAUCGGGCCGGUCUGGAGCCUGGAGACACGGAGCAGGUCAUCCAUCAUCUGCACAGAGAGCUGCUGGAGGCGCAGGAGUUAGCCAACACGGGCAAACAGAAGUGUCUGGAGCUACAAGCUCUGCUGGAGGAGGAGAGGAGGAGCAACUCACAGCUGACUGAAGAGUCCACCAAACAGAUCCAGUAUCUGCAGACUCAGCUCGGGAAGCUGCAGGCUGACAUGGAGGCACUGAGGGAGCAGAGGGAGAGCACCAUCUGCAGCACCAGAGAGGAGCUCUACUCCGCCCAGGAGGAGAUCCUCGUCCUACGACACGCCAUGGAGGCGGCCACAGCAGAGCGGGAGCGCGACAUCGCCGCCCUGCAGGCUGACCUGGGCAGCGUUCGCUCUGAGCUGGAGCACUGGAGGAGCACGGCGGCCAAGUACGAGGAGGAGAUCAACCGAUUGCAGGAGGCGUUCACACAGCAGCAGAAGCAGCACAACAGCGCCACCCAGCUGCAGGUGGAGUGUGUUACACUGCAGCAGAGGUGUGUGUGUCUGCAGCAGGACUGUGAUGGACUGAGAGCUGAACGCAAAGCUCUUGUGGACAAAUUGCACCACCUGGAGGCUGAGCUGAGCAGCACCAGGGAGCAGAGUCUGGUCCUCAGUAACAGUCUGGAGUCUCUGGAGAAGAGGGAGGAGGUUCUGCAGGACAAACUGGGUUCUCUGGAGAACCAGCACCUGCAGGACGCGAGAAGGCUGAAGAGUCAACUGGACCAGGCCCAGGCCCACACACACACACUGCAGAAAGAGUAUGAAGACACACACUCUCAGCUGUUGGACCUCCGUCAGCGCUAUGAGCGAACAGAGCAGGAGAAGCUGAACAUUAACCAGGAGCUGGAGCAGUGCAGGAGCAGCCUGAAGCUGCUGCAGGACAAGAGCAGCUCUCCAUCCAUAUUGCAGCCUGUCCAAGCCAUAUUCAUGGGCCUUGUCCUGGCUCUGCUCUACUGGUGUUUCGGCCAGUUGUGGUAGAAAGAGCGGCUGGACUCCCUGGAUGCCGGUCAUCGCAGUGAUGGUUGCCGUGACGGCAGCCGUCCUUUACCCUAACCUCUCCAAGAGCAGCUCCGCCUGAAACAGACUCACACUCACACACACACACACACACACACAUGCAUACACACCGGGCUGUGAGGAGAGCAUGUCACUGCGUCUCUUGUAUAAAGUUAAUUGUAUAUAAUUGUAGACGAAUAUAAAAGUCGUGGUUUCUACAGAACGUUCUCGCGCUUGGUUUAUUUUCACUUUUGUUGUUUUUCCGACUCUCAGCUGUGGUGGUGGAUUUAGUUUUCCUCGUUUUUUUGUCUGUGUUGUUUUUCGGGGGGGGGUUUUUGUCGUUUUCCGAUCGUUCUCCAGGAGAAAUGAGCUUUCACGUUAAAAUCCCGUCAUCCCACUCAUGUCUGAUUACGAGCGUUGAGCUUUGACGUUAGCGUAAGUGUUGACAUUAGCGUUGACGUUAGCGUAAGUGUUGACGUAAGCGAUGAUGUUAGCAUUGAUGUUAGCGUUGACGUGGGUUUUUGUCGUGGUGGUUUUUCUGUUUUUUUUCACACAGACGUUUCAGGAAAAUCGCGCCCUCUGGUUUUAGUCGGCCAUGGCGUUUCCCCUUUUGUUUGUUUGGGUUUUUUUGUUUUAAUUAUGGGGUGAGUUUUGUGGGCGGGGCUAAAACUCAAAGCCAAAUUAUUAAAAUAGAUUUAAAAAAGAUGAUUGAUUUAAUUUGUUGAGAGGUGGACGUUUUUGAUGUGACACCAGUCUGUGUGUGUGUGCGUGCGUAUGUGUGUAUGCGUGUGUGUGUGGACUGGUGAACAGUGUCGUCCUGUGUCUCCUCGUCUUUGUCUGUGUUUUAAAAUAAUAAAUAAUAAAUAGAGAGAAAAUGAACAAAUAUUCCUGAGGUUUAAAGAGAAAAAAACCAUGAACACAUGAAAACACUACAAAGAGAAAAUAAAGAGAAAUGUUUGUAAAAUAAAAUGUUAUUUGAUCGACUCGAGUGUCAGCAGAAAUAUUUUGUUACAAUUAAGAGAUUUGAGAUGAAGAUGAAGAUGAUGGUGUUUAAUAUGCAGAGAUGUUUGGAUUAAAGUUGUAGCAAAGAUGAUUCACCAAA